UUGAUUGUGGUUAAUAAGAAAGGAGAAAGAUUUAAUGUUAAUCAGGGUUUGAUUGAAGAAGGAUAUGCUGUAAAGAGGGAAGAAACCUAUUUUUCAAAGUGUAAUCAUGAAUUAAGGAUAGAUUCAUAUGUGAUUAACAAUAUGUCGACAGAGCAAAAACAGUUUUACGAAGAACAACAAUAUGACAAAUAUAGUUUGUUAAAAUAUCCCGAACCACCUAGAGAAGAGAAUUGCAAUUCUAGCGUAAAACUCCAAGGUCCAUAUUCUCCUUUAGAAAUGGAGUUGAUCCAGUUGACGUUGGGUGAAAAAUCGCGAAAGAUAAUUGUGGAAAAGAAUUCUGUCAAUGCUGUCCUUUUAGAUAACAAUCUCAAUCAAUCGAGACGUCUUUUGGUCGCUCAAAACGUUAAUAAAACUAUUCAAGAUUGUCUAACGUUGAAAAAUACGACUCUUCUGUCAAAUAUUCCUGGACUUGCGGCAUUGCUCGCACUAAUUUUUGCACCGUGUGUGGAAUUGAGAUGCAAUUCUCGCAAAACUUAUUAUACCGGAGCUUUAUGCGGUUUGGGCCCGAUAGGUGUUGGCAGCAACCAAGCUACAUUUCCCAAUCACGAUAUGGAAAUUACAUUUGACGUAGAUAUCACGAUGGAUGAUGUGACGGAG